AUGUUACCAAGGAAUCUUACACCAUACAAGCAUGCAGCCAGACAUAUUAUUCCACUAGUGAGAGAUAUACCAAUUGUUCCUUGGACCAAUUUUAGUAAGAAACCUACCCAGCUAAAUUUAUUUAGAAAAAUCCAUCUUCACACCGCCAAUCGUACAGAUCAAGCUUCUGUUAAUUUAGGUACCCAAAAUGACGGCACACUAAAAAAUGAUCCUGAUGAAAGAGAUCAAGUAUAUCUAUAUGGGAAAUCCGAGAAUGAUAUUACAGAAACUUUGCAGAAACUAAAUUUAAUUAAAGUACCAAUGAAUUUAAAAUCUAAUAUUGAAUUGGUUUGUACUUAUCUUCAAAAACUUAAUGUAAUGAGUUUUAAAAGGACCACCACUCAUUUAAAUAAGUUCAGAACUUUUCUAAAUAAAAAACAACAGACAAUGGACAAUAAUAACAUAUUACUCUUCAAAUAUGUUAUUGAAUAUUUAAUUGAGGAAUCUGAUAUGGAAGUGAAAAGAUUGAUCCAAUUCGGACCAAUUAAUCUUAUCCAAUCUCGUUUAGAUAAUAUUUUGACUGAAACAAAUGACAAGAAUUUAGUUAAUAAGGAUUCAGAUCCACAAGAAGACAUUGAAACUUUUGUACUAAAUAAUCUCUUUGAUAAAAAUUUUGAUUUAGAAUACCCAUAUUUGUCUCAUUUACAGUCUUUGUUUCAUAUACUUAAUGAAUUAAGAAUUAACAACACUAUUCAAUGGAAUCAAUAUAUAUCCAUUGAUCAGCUAAUCAACAUUUUUGAAAUGUCGAAAACAAUACCUGAUCAAAUAUGGAAGGACAGAGGUGUUUUCCUUUCCGCUUCCCUGUUAUAUUCCAAUGGAAAAAUUAGAAUGGAUCCGGUUAAUGAAUCCUUUUUUAUAAACACAUUAAUUAAAUUUGGUUAUUAUAAAUAUGGUUUUAAAUUGUUUAAGACAAUGAAGGAUAAUAUUAAAGAAAGAUGGUGGAUGGAAAUGGGAAUGAUGUUAUCUCUGGUUAAUAACAAUCUACGUACUUUCCAAAAAUUAUUAUAUGAAAUGGAUCAUCACUAUGAUCACAAUACCAAUGACACCAGGUCAACUCCAAAUACUUACUUAUCACCAAAGGUACUCAAAUUUGCAAUUAAAAAAUAUUCUAAGAUUUAUUCCUCUAAGAGUAAUAAAUUACAAUUUUUAUUAAAUAGAUUUAUUGAAAAUAUUCAAAUGUAUGGAAUACAAAACCAAAGCAAAAGUUUUGAAAACCAACCUGAUAUAAAUUUUGAGAAUGAAAAUGAAGCUAACUCAUAUUUAAAUAAAAUCGUCCCAAUCUCAUAUGAUGAUAUUAUUUCCGUGAUAAAUUCUUUGCUUUAUAAUAAACAUUUAGACCUUAUAGGACCAUUUCUAAACAAAAUAUUAUCAUUAAGGGAUAUUGAUCCGUCAAUAUGGCAUAUGAUUUUAAUCAAGACUAAACUAAAUCUGUUAAAGGAUUUCAAUUGUAUUAAAUCAAUUUUACCAAAAAUUAAUGAGACUCCUUCCAAUCUUCACAAUUUAGCGAACUUUGAGGAUGUAUUUAAUCAACUAACUUCCAAGUAUCUCAAAGAAAAAAAUGUAGUAAUAGAUAUGCUAUUGUUUGAUAGCUUAGAUGGUUUAGUGACAAAUUAUAGAUUGCCAAUAAAUCUAGAAAAUUUUUUAGAAAAAUUAUUAGCUUCAAAUAACAACCAGCUGCACAACAUAGAGGAUAGCAGCAAUAAUAAAAUCAAAUUAUCUCAAUAUUUUAAUGUUCUAUUAAAAUCAUUUUUAUCCUGUGGAAAUUUAUUAAAGGCAAAUAAAUUAAUACGAUUAAUGGAAAAAGUACGUACAGAUAAAGAUUUUGCAUUACAACAUCAGGGAAAAUAUCCUCCAAUUGAUAUUAAUCAUUAUACAACAAUGAUUAAAUAUUAUACUAAUAAAAGAACUAAACAUCAUAAACCAAAGGUAUGGAAACAAAAGGAGAAAAAAAUCAUAGAAAUCACUGAUAAAGUCAAUGCUUUUGGAUUUCAAUAUACAUCAUCUUUUAUCACUAAAUUACUUAUCUUUUAUAGAGAAAACAGAGAUUAUAACCGUUGCUUCCAAAUUAUCAACAAAACUUUGAAAUCAAGUCAAUAUCUAAAGUCAGAAAUAUCAUCAGCUGAGAUAAGUGACAUCAAAUCAAUGACACCAUUUUUGAGACAAAAAUUAUACUUUGAAAUAUGGAAAAUUUAUUUUCAGUUCUAUAAGCAUGAAUCGUUAGAACUAAUUACUACUGGAAAUCAAACAAAUAUAAAAAACUGGAAACUUUAUCAUAAUUCUUUGCAAAAAAAAACAUUGAUUAAACCUGAAGUUGAUUUGCUGACAUUAUUUGAUAAUAUGGUUAAUAGAGACAACGUUCUCCCAAAUUUAAGGUUUUCUCAACUAAUUUUAGCAACUUUCAUGAAAUCCAGAGAUUGGACAUCAAUCCCUGCUAUUAUAACUCAAUUAAUUCAUGUUUUUAAUAUAGAAUUAGAUAAAGAAUUUUUUUCUAAAAUUUCAAUUGGAAUCAAAAAAGAAUUUAUUGCGACUGAAACCAAACGUCUUUUACGAAAAAAUAAGAAUAUGUCAUUUCUUGAAGCAAAACAACAAGCCAAAAAAGAAGCUAAAAGUUUGGAAUAUGAUAAAAAUAAUCCAAUAUUUCAACCAAAUGAUAGUGAUAAAAAUUUGACUAGUUUACUAGGUAAUAUUCUAUUACUAAUGAAGUAUCAAAACCAAUAUGAUAAAGAAUUUGUAAGAGUUAAAAGGGCUUACCGAAGAUUAAAUCUUAUAGAUUUCUUCCCAGAAGAUAUUAUCCAAUCUUGUAAAUAA